AUGGUGGUCUCCCCGCCUCACCCCUUCGACCCCAUCACGCCCACUGAAAUCCAGCUCGCCGUGCGCAUCUUAGAGGCAACCUUCCCCGGAGUCUCUCUGCGAUACAAGAGAAUCGAUGUCAAUGAACCAAUCAAGAAAGAUGUCGUGCCAUACAUCGAAGCAGAAAGGCUGCGAAGGCCGCUCCCCGCCCCUCCAGCUCGUCUUCUAUAUACCCUCUUCCACCGUCUAGACACCGGCGCAUUCUAUAAGGCCAUCCUGAACGCUGAUAGUCGUACAAUUGUCUAUGCGAAGGAGCUCCCACGUGAAGUCCAGGGACCUAUUGAUGUUGAUGAAAUUACGGAGAUCGAGGAGAUGUGCAUGAAGCAUCCUGCCGUGCUCGCAGAGAUUGAAAAAAUGCAAUUGCCCCCGGGUGUCACUGUCUGCAAUGACCCAUGGAUGUAUGGCACGGACAGCGAAACCGAAACUCGAAGGCUUUUCCAGUGCUUCAUGUAUUUGGUUGAAGUUGACCACCCCCAGAACAACCAUUACUCGCUGCCCUGCAAGUUUUCCCCAGUGUUCGAUGGUCUCACGCACGAGCUCAUCCGGAUGGAUUAUCUCCCGGGUGGGGCGGAUCACGCAAAUACAGAAACACAACCUUGGAAGCCCGUGAAGACGAUUCAGUACGCUCAUGACAUCCUUGAUGAGCCCCUUCGGACCGACCUGAAGCCCUAUAUUGUCCAGCAACCAGAAGGCCCGUCCUUUACUUCAGAUGGAAACUCAGUUUACUGGCAGAAAUGGCGCUUCCGGGUUGGUUUCAAUAUUCGCGAGGGCCUGGUCCUUUAUAACAUCCUUUACGACAACCGUAACGUUUUCUACCGCCUAUCUAUUUCUGAGAUGACGGUCCCCUAUGGAGAUCCUCGAGCCCCGUACCACCGAAAGCAAGCCUUUGAUGUUGGUGAUGCCGGCUUCGGUAUGAAUGCGAACCAGCUGUCUCUUGGAUGUGAUUGCUUGGGGCAUAUUAAGUACUUCGAUGGCUAUCGGAAUGAUUCCAAGGGGAACCCCGUCCAGCUGAAGAAUGUGAUUUGCAUGCACGAACAGGAUAAUGGUUUGCAGCACAAGCAUACCAACUAUCGAUCUGGCGCUGCUACCGUUGUGCGAAACCGCCAACUAGUCCUACAGAUGAUAUGCACCGUGGCAAACUAUGAGUAUAUCUUUGCUUAUAUUUUCGACCAGGCCGGCGGCAUCGAGCUCGAAAUCCGUGCGACGGGGAUCCUCUCAACAGUUCCCUUUGAUAAUGAGAAUGGCAAAACUGUUCCAUGGGGUACUAACGUGGGCCCCGGAGUCAUGGCGCCCUUCCAUCAGCACAUGUUCUCAUUCCGAAUCGAUCCAGCAAUCGAUGGUUUCAAGAACACUGUGUACUAUGAAGACAGUGUGCCUAUGCCAGAAGAUGAGAACAAUCCCUGGCUCGUUGGCUACACUACCGAGUCUAACGUCAUGAAGACAUCUGGCUCGGCCAAUACCAGCAUUGAUCGCCAUCGUGUCUUCAAGAUCCGCAACGAUAAUAUCAAUAACCCGAUUACAUAUAAGCCGGUUUCCUACAAACUCCAGGCCGCGCCAAGCCAAAUGUUACUGGUCAGCAAGAAUGCGCUUGGUUAUCGCAGAGCUGAAUUCGCGACCAAGCCUAUCUGGGUCACUAAAUAUCAGGAUGACGAGCUUUACGCAGCUGGAGAAUUCACCAACCAAAGCCGGCGGGCUGAAGGUGUAGAAACCUGGGUACGGCGAAAGGACAAUGUCGAAAACGAAGAUGUUGUCUUAUGGCAUACUUUUGGCCUUACCCACAAUCCUCGUAUUGAAGAUUUCCCAAUCAUGCCUAUGGAGCGCGUUAGUGUGAUGUUGAAGCCCGACGGCUUCUUCACCAAGAACCCUGCUUUAGAUGUCCCGCAGUCGGCCCAGGCCUUUAACAAAUCCACACUUCACGCCGAGGCGACUAGUUGCUGCGGACACACCGGCGGUGCAAGCGUCAGCAAGGCCAAACUAUACAAAAGGUUGGACUAA